CGAAGCAUUCCUCGGGUCUUCGCUCUCGGGAUUCAUCAGAAAAGAGGGGUGGUUCUGAGCAAUAAAAGGGGAGAAGGUGCUGAGGUCCUCAUCAAUCGUCUGCGGCCCGACUUUGUAAGAAAUAUGGAGGUGCUGCUGCUCCUUUUCGCUUUGUUGUCCUUGUCUCAAGCGACCGAGAUUUAUCGCUCUCCGUAUUACCUCAGUACGGGAGUCAGUCAACAGUAUCGCACUCAAGACAACAUUGGAAACUACCAGUUCGGCUACAACGAAGGCCACUCAUCCGGAGGUACUUUUAGACGAGAAACUGGAGAUGCCUGGGGUAACAAGUACGGCUCAUACGGUCUGCGGGACGCAGACGGUCGAUAUAGAGUCGUAAACUACGUUGCCGAUGCAGGUGGUUUCCGAGCUGAUGUCAAGUCGAACGAACCUGGAGUGGCUCCCAAGGAUUCAGCAAGUACCACAGUGAGCAAGCCACUCUUUUACUCUCCUCCUGCCAGCCCUGCUUAUAUCCACCAUGCUGCUAUUCCGCAAUUCCCGCUGCUGUAUCGCCCACAGUACUCAUCUUACAACUAUUACAAGGGAAGCCCUUUCAGAAGUAAUCCAUACAGUUCACCAAAGGGAACCAAGUACCAAGUGAUAUCUCCUUACCCAAAGUAUGGCUAUUAUGUCUAUCCCUAAAUCUGUCGCAGAAUGUGGUCAAAGGAUCUGAUUGUGGUGUACUUUCUAAGUUUGGGUAACUUUCCAAACUUUUAACAUUCCUGUGAUUUAGUGUAAUAAACUUUUUUUUUAUAAGACUAUGCAAUGGAUUGUUG